AUGGCCUCGAGAGUUGCACUGGCCCUGUUGGCUUGCUGGGUUUGGCAUUGGAGCAGGGCGCCAGGCAGCUCGCAAAGCCCGGAAGGCCUGGCCUUUGCCCGAGUAGCUCGCCCGGGCCGGAACACGAAGAGCAUCCGCCCUCGGAGGCGCAGUGCGAGCCUCCUGGCCGAUGUGGAGGAGGAGGAACAGCAGACGAGGAGCCAGCCGAAAAGGAGGCCCGUGAAGUCCGUGAAGAAGUCCCUGCGUGUGCCACUCAAAGGAGGCUGCUGCAAGUAUCGUGUGCAGCGGCAUUGGCGAUGGCAGCAGAUGCUGGAAGAGCCGCACGGGCCUAAGCGAUCAUGA